AAAGAGUCCAAAACCAAGGGUGCAAGUACACAUCCCAUCUGAGUAGAGCAAUUUGAAGGUCGAACGGAGUGACGAGGAGUUUUCUACCGCUUUAGGCAAAUUCAUUCGAUAUAUUCGCUGAGACGACAUACAGGCAGAGAGGCCUCGACAGAUUACCUCAACGUUUUUCAGAUUGACCAGUGGAUGCAAGUGGCUUUUACACUUGUUGCUUGCAAGGUAUAUUUCUCUUAAGAAAAAAAAUGCUUGGUACAAAGAGACCACUAGACGAGCCUAUGAUGAUAGUGAAACGACCAAAAACAGAUCUGUCAGCCUUCUCAUAUGGUAUCCAAACAUCCAAUCAGAUUGGAGUUCGUAAGGAUGGGCCUCGAAGAACGUCCAGCUUGGAAUCUCCUAUCAUGGCGUUGACUGGGCACCAAGGUGCGAUAUAUACAUUGAAAUUCAAUCCAUUGGGAACUGUGGUUGCAUCUGGAUCACAUGACAGGGAGAUUUUCUUGUGGAACGUGUAUGGAGAGUGCAAGAGUUUUAUGGUUUUGAAAGGUCACAAAAAUGCAGUACUGGAUCUCCACUGGACUAGUGAUGGUAGUCAAAUCAUAUCAGCAAGCCCUGAUAAGACUCUACGAGCUUGGGAUGCAGAUACAGGCAUGCAAAUAAAGAAAAUGUCAGAGCACUCGUCAUUUGUUAAUUCAUGUUGCCCCUCACGUAGGGGCCCUCCUCUUGUGGUGAGUGGCUCUGAUGAUGGUACAGCAAAGUUAUGGGAUUUGCGUCUCAGAGGAGCUAUUCAGACGUUUCCAGACAAAUACCAAAUCACUGCUGUUGGAUUCUCUGAUUCUGCAGACAAGAUAUUUUCUGGUGGAAUUGACAAUGAGAUUAAGGUGUGGGACCUGCGAAGAAAUGAGGUAACCAUGCGGCUCCAAGGCCACACAGACACAAUUACAGGUAUGCAGUUGAGCCCUGAUGGAUCAUAUCUCCUGACAAAUUCCAUGGACUGUUCUCUUCGUAUUUGGGAUAUGCGACCAUAUGCCCCACAAAAUCGAUGUGUAAAGAUCCUGACAGGCCACCAACACAACUUUGAAAAGAACCUCCUGAAAUGUAGUUGGUCCUCAGAUGGAAGUAAGGUCACAGCUGGGAGUGCAGAUCGUAUGGUCUAUAUAUGGGAUACCACAUCUCGUCGUAUCUUGUACAAGCUCCCAGGUCACAAUGGUUCUGUAAAUGAGUGUGUUUUCCAUCCCACAGAGCCAAUUAUUGGAUCCUGUAGUAGUGACAAGCAGAUUUACUUAGGAGAGAUCGAGACUAAUGUAGGAUAUCAGGCUCCUAUGUAAUCUUGUAGUGAGCAAGAGCUGAGUCCAUUCUUGGGAAGGAUCCAGCUCAUUUUCUUUUAAAAGCCAAUAGAUAUGCUUUAAUGUUUUAAAUUUGUUUUUACCAACCAGGUCAUUUGAAUCAAAUGCAAUCAAAGUUAUUACAAAGGCUGUGUUAUUUGGUUGAAAGGGCCCGCUGUACGCAGAGAUAUACCUGCUUUAGAGGACUUUUAUCCAAAAGAUAACUUUAUCAAUGGUUGAUACUUAGUAGUUAAUACUGUUUGUUUAUUUGGUCCCCACAGCAUGAUUAAAACAAGCAUCAAAUUAUUCUUGCUGA